AGAAGGCGACGAAAUUUAUUUCUCGGAAACCUAGGCGUUCAGACAGAUUUGCUUAUUUUUUGAGUUUUACCUUCUUAAUUAUUUCAAAAUUUUACAGUGACUGAAAAAAAAUUAAUAGUUGCGCAGGUUCAGCUCUGAAAAAUGAUAAAAAGAAAGCUUGUUCGGGCCAGAAUUCCCCGGAAGAGGACAAAACUAGCGCCGAAAGUGCCCAAAACCGAUCCACAGCAACAGCGCCACCUAAAGAAUCGUUUUAGACGGGCACCAAUACCCGGUCGCAACAAGUCUUUCGUAGCCCAAAGCUCAGUUCCGCCCAGCCAGCGGGUCUGGCGCAGGACUGCUGUUCGAACGAAGCCAAAGCCGAAGGUUAAGCUCCCGCGGCUGUUCCGUCUGGACCACCUGACGGGUCUGCCUGUGGAUUACGAAAAGACAGUGGAGCGGGUAAUGCACUAUGUGAACCCACACCUGGGUAAUCGACCUAAUGCCGAGCAGAUGCUAGAGGAACUGUUGACCAGUAUGUUUGCCGAGGUGAUGCGACAAGGCUGCCGCGAUCGCCUGGGCAGCCACCAGUUGCGAGCGAUGCUGAAGAACAGCAAGGGAUGCUCCUGCCCAAUGGGACAAUAUCUAAACAAGUGCGAUCUGAACUCUCAGAGCGAGAAGGACAGGCGCGAGACGAAUGAAAGUUUGCAACACUUUCAUAGUGCCUGCAAACGGGGACCGCGGCAACCACAGAGUAGCCGUCCUACCUACACCAGCAAGUUCAACUUUAACCAACUGAAAAUCAAGAGCACCUAGAAUAAAUCUAAAAUCAAAUUUUCUUCCGUCGUUCGCAAACUGCUUUUUCAUGGACUCUUAUUUUAAUUUCCCAAGAUAACGGAACUCCAAUAAAUUAUAUAUUUUUUUAAUUUGAAUACUUUGUAAAGUCUUCUGUAACCCAUAUGGACAAAAACGAUGUCUAUAUCUUAUCUUAGAGCGGAGUACCUUAAACCACUCGCUUUUCCUCCAAUAUACGUCAAAAGCCGGAAUCAAAAAUAUUCCAAUUCCAA